AUUAACAUCAGUCUAAGUCUGUCGGCAUGGAAUCUUUGGAAUUGCAACUUAGGGAGUUGUCGGUAUUGAAUAACGUUCAGCCGUUGCCGCCGAAAGGGUUUGCCGUCGAGUAUGUAAGACAAGGAAAAGUCGCAGAAUUAGUUGGAAAUUUACAGCAAAAUCCAUAUGCUGUACAAGAUGAUACUCUCUAUAAGAAAAUGGCUCCAUCUGUUCCACCAAAGCCGCCAAAGAAGCAUAAUGAGAUGCCUCAGGUUCCAUUAAGUAAGCAAGUUACUUGUUCACGGGAACCGCUUUAUUCACAGCCCCUACUUGGUUCGGAGAAACCAUUUGGCGCGUCCGUUCUUUUUCGUAAGCACCAAAACUUUGACUGUGAAGUUUCCGGAAAACCCAGUAAUAGUAAAUCAACUUUGGACAAUCCGGCUGUUUUGGAACAGCAAUUAGAGGCUCUGGCGUAUCACAAGCUUCAAAUGGAAAAAAAAGGCCUCUUAGGACUGCAAAUGCAAUCGGCAAAAUCUAACAUAAAUGUUCCAAAGUUGUCAUCUAACUCUUUGGGCAACAGUAUAAUCUACAGCAAUAUAAAAACCCCGUCUGAUAGUACCCUACAAACAGAAAAUAUACCGUCAAUAUUUGGGCGCACGUCUACCGAACCCUCCACACUUUACUCCAAUGUACAUUCAACAGAUGCAAACACUAAUGAUAUUGUGUCAUCGUUGCGUUCUUUACCUAGAAUGCUUUCCGUCUGUACUAACUCAUUGUCAGAGAAGGAAAGAGAAGAAGAUAUGCCGCCACCUAGCCCUGUAAGUGCUGUUAGCUCUUCAUAUAGCGAGCUAAGACGUGCUACGAAUUUGUUCAACAAGCCAAUGGACCUGGUGGAAAAUAAUUUAAAACUUCUGCCACCGCCCAAAACAUUCAUCAGUGCUACAAAAAACUGUUCAAGUCAAUAUUCGGUGCAACAUAACGCAAUGCUUAAGAGUUCAUCGACAUAUGAUUCAAUAUAUGAGCCUAUAAAUCCUCGUUCACCUGGAGAUUUGCUGUCCCGUGCAAGUUAUAAUAUGUAUGACACAUACGUUAAUGAUAACAAUAUUGCGAGUAGAUCCGGUGAUGUCAAUUCUUUGAUAGCAAUUGAUUCGCACAAUGGGCUAUAUAUCAGAGGCGGUGCUCUGGCUGAAGGUUACGAAGACCAAAAUACUUAUCAAAAUAAAAAUAAGAAUGAUGGGGGUUUAGGACACUGUGCUGUCAAUCCCACUCACCAAACACAUGAAUUUGAAAAUUAUGGUCGGUGCGUUAAAUGCAAUGAGCGAGUGUUAGGAGAAAGCAGUGGUUGCACGGCAAUGGAGCAAAUUUACCAUAUAUCCUGUUUCACAUGCACAAACUGUCAAAUAAACCUGCAGGGUAAACCAUUUUAUGCCCUGGAGGGUAAACCAUACUGCGAGUAUGACUAUUUGCAAACUCUUGAGAAAUGUUCAGUUUGCAUGAAGCCAAUUUUGGAGAGAAUUCUCAGAGCUACAGGAAAGCCGUACCAUCCGCAAUGCUUUACAUGUGUUGUAUGUGGGAAAAGUUUGGAUGGUUUAUUGUUCACCGUUGAUGCCACUAAUCAAAAUUAUUGCAUUACCGAUUUCCAUAAAAAAUUUGCACCGCGUUGCUGCGUUUGCAAGGAACCAAUUAUGCCUGACCCAGGGCAAGAAGAAACUGUACGAGUGGUGGCUCUGGACCGUAGUUUUCACUUGGAAUGCUAUAAAUGCGAGGACUGUGGGCUCUUAUUAUCAUCCGAAGCUGAUGGUCGGGGAUGCUACCCCUUAGAUGAUCAUAUCCUUUGUAAGAGCUGCAAUGCACAACGUGUCCAAGUUUUAACCAAUCGGAUGACAACGGACCAUUAAGUCUAGAGAAAUAUGUCUUAUGCACUGAUACACAAAUAGUCGAAUUUUAUUACAUUCCAUGCGCAUUACUUAUUCGUUAUUAUUGUAUCGCAAAGCUAUAAAGCCAAAAAUAUUCGUACUUAUUCAUAAAGGCGUAUAUACCUACUAAUUAAACCCGCCGCAACUUUGUCCAUGUGCAAUUAUUUAAAUAAAUAUAACAAUAUCUUAA